CAGCCCGACCCCUGCCUCCGGGAGCGUGGCACGAGAAGCCGCAGGAUGGUGCUCUGCACCCGCCACGGCCUCUUCCUCCUCCUCCAGGCAUUUAUCCUCUGGAUUAGCCCCUCCUCAGCCUCCAUCCAGGAUCAAUACUGUGAAAGUUUACCUCCUGCCACUAAUUACACAGGACUCCAGUGCAAUGCCUCAAUAGACUUGAUUGGUACAUGCUGGCCCCGGAGUGCUGUGGGGCAGCUGGUGGCUCGCCCCUGCCCUGAAUACUUCUACGGAGUGCGGUACAACACUACAAACAAUGGGUACAGAGAAUGCCUUGCAAAUGGGAGCUGGGCUGCCCGCGUCAAUUAUUCCCAGUGCCAGGAGAUCCUCAAUGAGGAGAAAAAGAGCAAGCUGCAUUAUCACAUCGCUGUCAUCAUCAACUACCUGGGGCACUGCGUCUCGCUUGGGGCCCUGCUCGUCGCCUUUGUCCUCUUCAUGCGCUUGAGGAGCAUCAGGUGCCUGCGUAACAUCAUCCACUGGAACCUGAUCACAGCCUUCAUCUUACGAAAUGCCACGUGGUUCGUGGUACAACUCACAAUGAACCCGGAGGUGCAUGAGAGCAAUGUGGUCUGGUGCCGUCUGGUCACAGCUGCCUACAAUUAUUUCCAUGUUACCAACUUCUUCUGGAUGUUUGGUGAGGGCUGCUACCUCCACACAGCCAUUGUUCUCACCUACUCUACAGACAAGCUUCGCAAGUGGAUGUUCAUCUGUAUCGGCUGGUGUAUCCCCUUUCCAGUCAUUGUUGCCUGGGCAAUUGGGAAGCUGUAUUAUGACAAUGAGAAAUGCUGGUUUGGGAAGCGAGCAGGCGUUUAUACUGAUUACAUCUACCAAGGCCCUAUGAUCCUGGUGCUCCUGAUCAAUUUUAUCUUUUUAUUCAACAUUGUCCGAAUACUCAUGACGAAGCUCCGGGCCUCAACCACAUCAGAGACCAUCCAGUACAGGAAAGCUGUGAAGGCCACACUGGUCCUGCUGCCAUUGCUGGGUAUCACCUACAUGCUGUUCUUUGUGAACCCCGGGGAGGACGAGAUCUCCCGCAUUGUCUUCAUCUACUUCAACUCUUUCCUGGAAUCCUUCCAGGGCUUCUUUGUCUCUGUCUUUUACUGCUUCCUGAACAGUGAGGUUCGCUCCGCUGUACGGAAGAGGUGGCAUCGGUGGCAGGACAAGCACUCCAUCCGCGCCCGUGUGGCCAGAGCCAUGUCCAUCCCCACAUCCCCAACACGUGUUAGCUUCCACAGCAUCAAGCAGUCAACAGCCCUCUGAGACAGGAGGAAGUUAUCACCCACAAGGGAGGCAGAGGCUUGCCAUAGCUUCUCCUCUGCCACUUGCACUUCAGAUUGAGUGUGGUGUGUUAGCGGACCUUACAGGACAGCAGGAGGCUCCAAGCUUGUGAGCCAUGGCUCAGCAGAGCCCACUGGAGGAGUGUGAUGCUCCAAAGAAAUCCUCUGCUAAACUCUCCAGUGGUUGACCUGGGAGACGAGACAUCAGAGCAGCUUCUGCUUAUUCUGACUGGCCAGUGGGAGGCCAACGCAUCCAUG